UACUGGUGCCAUCUAAACAUCGGCCGCAUGGACAUAACCUCUCGGUUUAUGCGAAACACGAAGUUCUGAAGAUUUCUUGUGAAUAUAUAAUUUUUAUUCAGCAGCAUAAUCUCAGAGAUUACUUAUCUGUCUUUCUUUCAUUUUUUUUUUGUGUCGUUCCUCGAAUGUAUGAAUCACUGGUCGACAGUCGUUAUUUUAUCUCUUGAUGAGGCCCGAGAUCGAUUUCUCAAUUGCAGAUAACGCCAGCCAACGUACACGUUGAAGUAUACAAAGGUGAAAUGAUGCAAAAAAAAGAAUCACCAAAUCGAUCAAAGUUUAGCCUAUUGUUAUGUAACGUCGUUAAACGUUCGUACGCAUAUUUACACACCUUUCGAACGUAAAUUGAAUCUCGUCGUGCGUUUCUGGCAGUAGCUGUGCAAAAUGUUGAUUUCGAGGUUAAUACGUGAGGUCAAUAAGAAGUGGUUCGUCGUACGCAAGAGAACUACGCAAAAUGUGCAAUCGGCCAGGGAUGCGGUUGUACGUGGCGCUAUUAUUGUUGUUUGCGCUAUCUUCGUAAUUUGGUUAUCCGUGUUUCUUUAUACGGCUUUCUAUUACACCUACAUGCCCAGUAUGUCAUACGUGCGUCCUGUACAUUUGCAAUUCAAAUCAUGCGACGAAGAAAAAGGCAUUUGUAGUUUUCCAUCGGCUCAUGUGCAGUUGACUAACAAACAGCAGCUUCUAAUGAUAGGUCAGGCGUACAAAGUGAAUUUGCAUCUGGAAAUGCCGGAAUCACCUGCCAACAGAGAACUUGGUAUGUUCAUGGUUUGUGCACAGCUGCGGAGUCGUGAUGGGUUUCUUGUUGACCAUUCCUGCAGAUCUACAAUGUUACAUUAUCGUAGUACGUUAUUGCAUGCCCUUACAACUCUUACAUUCUCACCUAUGAUGAUUUUUGGAAACGUUGAAGAGAAGCAAGAUGUCGUUUUGGAAUUGUUUGGUAAUUUUGAAGAGGAUCAGAGUCAUCCAGUAACAAUUAUUUACAUUCAGAUCCAAUCGAGGCAUAUCGAAUUCUAUUCCGCUAGCCUCAUGAUAAAUGCCCAUUUAACAGGACUGCGUUACUUGAUGUUUCAUUGGCCAACUCUGUCCGCCAUUGUUGGUAUUGGUACAAAUUUGUUUUUCAUAGCACUUGUAUGUACGCUUUCGUACCUGCACAUUGUAGUUGACGAGGAAAACACGGACGAAAAUUUCAGUUAUGAGAAGGGCGAAGAUGAGGAUGAGAAGGAUAAUAAGACUGUUAGCGAACUAUCGUCAUCGGAAACAUCGUCAUUGCAAGAGAGUCCUAUUUCAGAAGAUAUCAAGAGUAAGAAGAAAAGUUUCUUAUCUCGUACACCCGAGACAAUUGGGGGUGAGCCGAGUUAUAUUCAGGAGAUCUCCACAUUACUCGCCGAGGCAUCAAGUAGCGAUAAGUGAUUUGAUGCUGAGAAAUGUGAUGGUACGAUGUAAGGAUAUACGUGGUGGAUAUAAUAUAUAAUCAACUAUGAGUUAUUAAGGUAUCAACUAUAUAAGUAAAAAGAGAAUCGACGAGAAAGGAAGAGUCAUUAAAAUGUAUUGUUUGUGUAAAGUGUAAAGUUACUUUAAGAAAGGUGAUUUUCAAAUAUAUUGUUAUUUUAUACAUGA